AUGUGGCUUCUACACACAUCCACCUUCGAACUGCGCCAGUUCCCAUCCCAACCACCGCGCUACGCUAUUCUGUCUCACUGCUGGGACGAGAGCGAGGUCACAUUCACGGACAUGCUGGACAUACGACACGCGAAAACGCUCCCUGGCUGGCUGAAGAUCCUCUUCGCUUGCACCGUCGCUCGAAACCUGAUCGAGUGGAUCUGGAUCGACACCUGCUGCAUCGACAAAUCGAGCAGCGCGGAGCUCUCUGAGGCGAUCAACUCUAUGUUUGCCUGGUACCGUGGUGCGGCUCACUGUCUUGCCUACCUCGGCGACGUCGACGCAAGCGAGGAUCCUCGUUUAAUGGAAUCUACUUUCCGCAAGAGCCGCUGGUUCACUCGCGGCUGGACGCUGCAGGAGCUCAUUGCACCUCCUGAUGGGACUACCUUCAGUUUCUUGUCCAAGGACUGGCGAUUGAUAGGCAACCGUCAACGGCUCGCUGUGGUGAUCUCAGCCAUCACGAGAAUCGACACUUGGGUUCUGCGGCGCGCGAUAGGACCGCAGCGCCAGCCCAGCGACAUUCUUGGCGGAUACAGCGUUGCGAAGCGCAUGUCUUGGGCAGCGCAGAGGAAGACCACAAGGGCAGAGGACAGGGCGUACUCGCUCAUGGGCCUCUUCGACGUCAACAUGCCGGUACUGUAUGGUGAAGGCGGCGACCGGGCCUUCCACCGGCUCCAGCUGGAGAUCAUCCGCCAGUUCCCCGACCACAGCAUCUUCGCAUGG